AUGCAUCGUUUUUCUCUAGUCACUGUGAUUUUUACAAUUGCAAUUACGCUUAGUGUGUUCCAAGAAGUGAGUUUGUCAGUUAUGAGACCAUGUUCACCAUGUCUCGACAGAGAAGAAUGCGAAGAAAAUCCUCCUGAUUUGUGUCCUUGGGGAGAAAGUAGAGAUCCUUGUGGAAGAAGAGUGUGUUCAAAGGGUCCAGGAGAGAGAUGCGGAGGGCUUAUGAACGCACUAGGUGAAUGCGGAGAAGGUCUCAUGUGCCGGUCAAGUGACGAAAAGUGUCACGGCUGUUCCCUCGUAACACUGGAUUGCUUCAACUGA